AUGAAUUCUUCUUAAAAAUUAAAGGAAUCCCAAAUCCCAGAAAAGGAGAAGGAUAAAAACAAGACAUAAAAAAGUAAAGAGGAUGCUAAGGAAGCACUCAAAAAAAUUGUUGAAUAGGCUCGUUAAGCAAUUUUAGAAAAUAAACUCAAUGUAACUUUAAUCCUAUGCCAAAGGCCACAGAAGAAGUCCAUAAAGCCAUGAUUGAAUAUAAAGAGAUAUUGGGAGGUGAAAACAGUGUUCUUCUUCUUCCUGGAUUAUUUAUAUAAGCAGAAGCAUAUAUAGCAGAAGGCAAAUUGAAAAAGGCUGAAGAAUUUCUCCAGGCAGCUUAUUGGAAUCUGUAUCAAUACAAUAAACCAAAAGAAAAAGGAAGCGAUGAUGGCAACAAAAUGGGCUAAGAUAUAUCAGAAAAGGAGAAUGCUGAGUAUAAUGGCCAGUUGCAUAAAAUCUUUUCAAAACUCUAUUUUGCUUAGAAGGAUUACAAAAAAGCUUUGGCAGAAUUAACAAUAGGAGUAAUUAUUUUCUCUAAAUUUUGAUUAGAUUUAUACAGAUUCUUGCAGUUCUGAUCCAGAACAUCCACAAACAAGUCUGAAUUACUAUUAUAUGGGAUAAAUAUUCCAAUAAAAGAAAUAAAUCUCAGAAGCUGAAUAAUUUUAUGCAAAAGUAAUAUCAAGCGUAUAUUAUCUUAGACUUCUUAAUGUUGGUAUAAAUAUUUAAAGAGAUAUUAUCAAUAUGGCACUCCUUCAAGCGAAAAUCUUCCAGAGGAGGUAAUUUUUAAAGAGGCAUUACAAAUCCUGAAAUAAAUUGAAGGUUUAUAGUUAAUUUAUUUGAAGAAUAUUUCCGAAAGCACAUCGAUGACAAUAACAUCAAAUUAUACAUUAUCCCUAUCACUUAGAAUUUAUAGGCCUAAGCCUUUGUAUACAAAAAGUUGAACAAUGAAGAACAGUAUAGGCAUUAUAUGGGAUUGGCUUAUCAAGAAUUUCUAAUGCAAUAUGGUGAAAAUCAUAAAAAAACCAAGAAGGUGACUGAAAUUUAAGAAAUCAUUAAACAAAGGGAAAGGGAUUAUUGA